AUGUGCAGGCUGGCGAUCUUCAUGGCGCUUGUGGGGCUGGCCGCGGCCUACCCCUCGCUGCAGGACGCGUUUGAUGCCGUGCUCGUGGGGUCGGGCGACGCGGCGGCCACGCCCAGGACGGGAGAGGUCAACGAGACUGCCUGCCUAGAGCCCGUGCAGCCCGGGGUGUGUCGUGGUGCCAUCAAACGCUGGGCCUUUGAUCAGAACGAGGCCCGUUGCCGCUCGUUCCCUUGGGGCGGCUGCGGUGGAACUGCCAACAAGUGA